AUGCUGUUCACCACAGUCCUUACUGCUCUACUUGCACCAGCGUUGACGGUCUCCGCCUACCGUGGGAGUCGAGAUCGGCAGACUACAACUACUUCUUCGUCCGCAACAGCACGGCCGACUCCCGUGUGGGGACCAGCAGGAGUAGCAAGUCCACCAUGGCCGUCAGUUGGAGGAAAUGACUUCCCAUGGCCGUCAGCUGGAGGACCAAUUCCGCCAUGGCCAUCAGCGGGAGCGGCAGGUCUACCACGGCCACCAGCAGGAGGUGUGAUCCCGUCAUGGCCGCCGUCAGGAGGACCAAAGCCACCAGGAACACCAGCAGGAGGAUCAGGCUCACAGCGGCCACCAGUAGGAGGCGGUGGUCCUCCAAGACCACCCGCAGGAGGAGUGCCCACAAGUAGACCUACACCACCACACUCCAGUACCAGCUCGAGCAUCACCUCCAGCACCGUCUAUGUCUCCAGCACCAGCUCAAGCGUCAGCACCAGCACCGCCUCCAGCACCAGCUCGACGUCUAGCUCGCCCCCCUACCCUACCCACGGAUCAUGCCACUACAAGCUCCUACCGUUCUGCACCGCCAACAGCACCGAACCCUGCAAUGGCGGCGAAGUCUGCCUCCGCAACGCCGAUGCCUUCCCCAUGCUCCUGCAAGAAGCCCACAACUUCUCGUCCUUCAACUUCAUUGCCUGCUCCGGCGCAAACACCUCCGACUGUGACGCCAGUCAAGUACAUUCCUCUGGUUAUGGCAGCCCGGAUCUGGUGACAAUCACUAUCGGUGGCGACAACAACCAAGCCUUCUUGGGACUCAUUGUGAAUUGUGUGUAUCAGCGGGACGAGACGUAUUGCCAGUAUGCGAUUCAGAAUGCUUGGCUGACGGUCUCCCAACUUCCUAGCGACCUCAAGACCCUCUUCACGGAUAUCAAGACCACCAACGCUGCCGGGCUUUACGACCGUCGUGUAGCGGUGGUGGGCUACCCGAAGUUGUGGUCCACGACGAAUAGCACUGCGUGUCAGCAGCCGGUGUUGGCGCAGGUGCCGAUGGCGGAGAGGCAGGCUAUGAAUAAUCUUGCGGACGCUGUCAAUGGCGUGCUGAAGCAGGCAACAGAGGCGAUGGGAUUCGGGUGGAGCUUCGUGGACGCGGAUUCAAAUUUCCAUGGCAAGCGACUUUGCGAUAAUGUUGCGGAGCCGCUAUUCCAGUACGACUUUGCGACGGCGCUGUAUGGCGUGUUUCAUCCGACUGCGGCAGGCCAGGAGCUGCUCUAUAAGGCCGUCGAGAAGAGCAUUGGGUGCGCGUAG